UUACUGAUGAGACGCCACGUGUAAAACCACCCCCCAACCCAGCGAGAGAUCCAUCUUUCUGGACCUAAAUCCCCAUGUGCUGUCUGUCAUUCCGGGUGCACCAGACCAAACAUAAAACCACUUUCUCUCUCCUCUCUCUGUCUCUCUCUUCCGCGGCAAAAUCUCUGUGAAAGAAGGAGAAGCAGAAUUUCAGCCUUUUCAGGUAGAUCUUCGGCUUCUUAGUCCAAAGCCCCGAACCCUAAAAAUCCUUCCAAGAAAACCUUUUUCCAUCUGUUUCUUUCUCUUAACUCUCGCUUCCAAUUCCAACCUCUUCCAUUUCUUUGAUCCAAUUUUUUCGUUUUGCAAUAAAUUAAAAAAAAAAAAUUGAGAGACAAAAAAUUACUUCGCCGAUUUCGUUUCGCCGAAAUAGAAAAAUCUCGGGCGAAGUAAAAGUAUCGGAUUGGAUCAUGUAGUAGCAGUGAGUUUGCUCUGGUUUUUUCUUAUUGCAAAUCAAUGGCGUCGAUCCGUAGAACCCUAUCGCCGGCCUACCAUGACCGGCAGUAUCAGAACGGCGGUGCUAGGUUGUCGGCGGCUUCUCAAUCUCAGAAGCAGCUUCUCUCCAAUUCCAAGUACUCGUUGUCGUCGUCGCCUUUGGCAACCUUCUCCGGUGUCCUCCGGCGAAAAGGCUGGCCAUUGGUGUUCUUAUUGAGCUUGCUGUUCUUCGUCUUCGGUUCGUUGCUCGACCUAAUGCUGAACGGUCACGUCGACGACAUUCGUCCGCAGGACUUCUCGUUCGACAUCAAGCCUCCGCACGUCAACGCGCAGCUGGAGAAAGAAGGCGGCGUUGACGGCGGCGCCGCCGCAGCCGUGAAGCGCCAUGAAUUGGUGUUCGACGUACGGCUCGGAGUCGAUACAACACGUUCCGGAGCCAACGAUGGGAAUGGGAUUGAAUUCGUGCCAAGGAAGCAGCUAAUCGUGGUGACUCCGACGUACAACAGGGGAUUGCAGGCGUAUUUCUUGAACAGGUUGGGGCAGGUGCUCCGGCUUGUUCCUCCGCCGGUGCUGUGGAUUGUGGUGGAGAUGAAUUCGGCAUCAAUGGAGACUGCCGAGAUUUUGAGGAAGACGGGUUUGGUGUAUAGACACUUGGUGUGCAACAAGAACUCGACGGAGGUGAAGGACCGAGGAGUUCAUCAGAGGAAUACUGCUUUGGAGCACAUUGAGCGGCAUAGACUCGAUGGCAUUGUUUAUUUUGCUGAUGAUGACAAUAUAUAUUCGCUCGAGUUGUUCGAUAGCUUGAGAGAUAUUGGCCGCUUUGGCACAUGGCCUGUUGCUAUGCUAGCACAAAGCAAAAACAAGGCCAUAUUGGAAGGUCCAGUAUGCAAUAGGACUCAAGUAAUUGGAUGGCACACAAACGAGAAGAGCAAGAGACUCCGUAGGUUUCAUGUUGAUAUGUCAGGAUUUGCUUUUAAUAGCACAAUUUUAUGGGAUCCAAAGAGAUGGCGGCGCCCCACUUCACGUCCAGUUCGACAGUUGGACGCUGUGAAGGAGGGUUUCCAAGAAACAACUUUUAUAGAACAAGUGGUGGAAGAUGAAUAUCAAAUGGAAGGUACACCAGCUGGUUGUUCAAAAAUUAUGAGCUGGCAUCUGCAUUUGGAAGCUCACAGUUUUGUUUAUCCCAAAGGAUGGAAGCUUAACAAGAACCUUGAUGUUGCUCUUCCAAUUAAGUGAUGAACUUUUAACCCUGCAAUUUUGAUUCAUGUAGCUUGACAAAGUUAUCAUAUUUUAUCUUGGUGGUUCGUCAUCCCUAAAUGGAUAUUUGCUUCAAUUUUCCACCAACAGAGCAUAAAGCAGCAUCUACAUUAGGCUCAGUCGGCAGUGACGAAGAAAAGAGAAAGAUUUGUGAUUUUUUCCCCCCCUGUUUGAUAUUCUUUUACAAAAUCGAAAUUUCGUUUUUGAUGUAGAGUUCUAGUGCUUGUAUUUGUUGUUUUUACUUGCUUAAUUUUGAAUGGUACACACCUUACCCCUCCUAAUUGCUAUGGGGUAAGUUUGUUAUAGAAUUAUACCCUGUAUGUGAUGUAGACCAUGUAUCAAAUCAAGUAAGGGCAGCAUCUCCUAAAAUAGUUCUGAUUUUUCCAGAAAGUUCAUCUGGUUUUGGCAUUU